CAGUUCUUUAUUUGCAUUUCAGAAGUGAUGUUUAAUUUGCUAAAGAAGUACUUGGAGCCAGUUCAUGGAGUAAUCUGGAUGCACUUAUAGAGAAUGAGUUUGGGGAAACUGAAUAGAUGGAGACAUCUCAAGCGAACACUAAGCACACCAUACAAUCAUAUGUGGAGAUUUUCCAGAUCAUGAUAUAUAUUCCCACAUUUAUCCUGGGGCUGCUGUUCAAUGGCAUGGCUAUGUGGUUUGCCUUCUACAAGAUCAAGCAACUGACAGAACCUGUGAUCUAUAUGGUAUCACUUAUGAUUUUAGAUACUUUGGUGCUCUUUGCUCUUCCCUUUAAGAUAAUUUCCUAUAGUAACACAACAUGGAACCUUGGGGGUGCCUUUUGCUCAUUCCUGGAAAGUCUGUACUUUGUGAAUAUGUAUGGGAGCAUCCUCAUCUCCACAUGUAUAUGUGCUGAUAGAUACAUCGCUCUCCUGCACCCGUUUGUAGCAGUAAUCCUGAGAUCUCCUAGGAAAGCUGCCAUAACUUGUGUGAUCAUCUCAGCUGGGAUCUGGGCAGGAACUGCAUAUACUUACAAAUUCCAUGAAUACCAAGGCCCUCAGUUCUGCUUCCGUGGCUUUUCUGGAACUUUUUGGAAAAACACAGUCUUGCUCAUCUUCCUGGAGACAACCUUUCUUGCCUGCAUGACAACUAUGAUCUUUUGUACAGUUCAGAUCUUAAUACGUCUUCAUAGGAAUCGAGGAACAGAUGAUAAUUCCACUGUCAGAAGCAAAUUUGGCAAUAUAGUUGUGGCAAACCUAGCAACAUUUCUGGUCUGCUUUACUCCUUUCCAUGUGGUACUUGUGUUGCACUAUCUAGCAAAGAAUAGUAUUCUAGAUGAUGGACAGGAAAUUAUUCGCACAUUUCUUCAGAUCAGCCUAUGCUGGGCUAACCUCAACUGCUUUCUAGAUGCAAUCAGUUAUUAUUUUGUUUUCAAGGAGUCUCUAAAAAGCCCUUCCAAGGAGACUAACACCACUGAUGUUGAUUAAACCAUUUCAUAUAAAGUUCUGGGUUUUUGUUAAUGUUACGAGCAGGUCAAAAUGGAGACAGGAACACAGAGGACCCAGUUCAGUUGAGGUAGGGCUGGGAAAGACUCCUGUGAACUGCUGCCAGUCAGUGUUGGCAAUGCUGGGCUAGUGGAACUGAUGGUCUGACUCAGUAUAAGGCCACUUCCUGUUGUUGACCAUUUUCCCUUUGGAACAGCAUACUGAUGACUGUGUAAUGAAAAAAUCCAGAUCUCUGUUGGUCGAUAAGUAUCAAAUGUUGUGUCUUUCCUGGGAGUCAAACCAGGAGCCCUUUUCAGGAGGGUGUUUAGGUGUCUCUCACCCCUUCCCAUUCCAGUGUUAAUGUUUAGAUAUGAUUGAUUAUUCCUGAUUUUUGUUGUGUGUAUCAUAUCACCAAUGGGCACUUAAUGAUAUAAAGUCCUCACUUAAUAUAUUUGUGUGUUUUUUCCCAAUAAAAUUGACAACACAACCAUU